AGAAUAUGUUCUUAUUUUUCCCAUUAAAAUAAUUUUAAUCAAAUCGAGCACAGGACUGUCAGUUUGUCAUACGUUUUCGCAAGUAACAUUGUUUUCUGACAGUUAUAUAUAAUUAAAAAAAAAUGCCGAUACAUUACAUCGGCAGAGAAAGUUACUUUCAUGGGAAAUCAAUUUAUGAAAUAGCAAGAAAUCUGAGGAAUUUUGGAGAGGGUCGUUAUGUAUAUCGUGUCUCAUUUAGCAAGCGAUACAAAGAACCCUCGUUUUACAAACUUAGAAGAGUAGUUCCAGAUAUGAAUGCAAAGGGAUAUUGUCGAGGAACAGCUACUGGUGAAAAGAUUUUCCGUGGAGUGAAUUAUGGCCUGUGUAACAUAGAUGCUGGACAAAAACUUGAUUGGCGUCUUAUUCCAAAAGACGAAGAACAAAAAUGGAUUGAUGCAUUUAAAGAAUAUGAACAAAAACCUAUACAUAAACCUGUUAUCCCAAGUAUUUAUAAAGUUCCAUGUCUUUUAGAAAUGGUAUUAUCUGAGGAAAAAACAGUGUAUGAAAUUCCAUUUGAUAGAGAAGAAGCAACUAAACUUAAAGUAAAGAUUAAAACAGGAAAAUUCAAUAAAGCAGUGUUAGCAGAUGGAUAGGAAAUCAACUUCUUACAAGUGUAUGUACAGUUAAAAUACUGAUGAAUGUAAAAAGAUGAAUGUAUUAUCAAACUCAAAUAAAUGAAUGUUUACUUUU